UGAAAGGAGAAGGAGAGAGAGAAAGCAAGGGAGGGAGGUAGAUGGAGAGAGAGAGAGUGUGUGUAUAACUUUGGGAAACAUAGGAAGAGACAGCAUUGGGAACAAACUUUUCUCUCUUGGCUGCUUCCUUUUGGACUUUUUCACAUUUCAUCAAAUACCUCAGUGUCAACAGAGCGGAGACAAGGGAUGAUAAUUUGCUCGCUUUACUAGUUAAAGAGUUAUUUCUUAGUUAUUUAGUGUUGUUGUUCUGUUGCAUUUUUAUCUGAUAAUUUCUUCACUGUCUGAGCUUUGAAGAAGGCGUGACCACACUUUUAAAAUCCUUCCAAACUUAGCUGCAGCUUUCUCUAGCUCACGGGACUGUGAAGCUGGACUGAGACGCACACACACACACACACACACACACCUACACCCACCCACACACACACACACACACACACAACAUACACACACCUGUUGUUGCUGAGGAUUCCCCAGGAUUGCAGUAAUGGGCAGCUGCGUCACUGUUGCUUGAGGGAAUCUGUGCGUCUGUACAGCUGUUAUCUGCUGGUGGCUUCAGUGAAUGUUACAGUAGAAGUUGACCUGCCUGUCCAGGGUAGAGGAAGGAGAUGUCAUCCUACUACCCACGCACCAAGGACCUGACUCGCACCAGGAAGUCACUGACAGAUUCACCGCCAUCCUCUCCAUCCCCUACAGACAAAAACUACAGACAUGACAGAUUGUCAAGAUAUGACUCCAGUGGGGAGAAUGCAACAGACAAACCAUUGGGCCGCACCAGCUCUUACACACGGAGGGAGACGAGGCUGGCCGCUCUGAAUAGACAGGAGCAAGACUCCACUACCAAAGACUAUAAGAAGAUGUAUGCAGAAGCUUUGCAUGAGAAUGAGAGGCUCAAGUCCAGGUUGCAGGACAGCAAACAAGAACUGGUCAAAAUACGUUCCCAGCUGGAGAAAGUCACUCAGAGGCAGGACAGAAUAUCAGAGAGAUCUUCAGUACUUGAUUCAGAGAAAAGGGAAAAACAAGCUCUAGAGAAAAGAGUGUCAAACAUGGAGGAUGAGUUAAAGCAGGAUGCCCCACUGCGGUUCCGCUGUGGGUACCAGCCCUGAGAGCAGGCUGUCUCAGGGGAUGGGGGAUGAUCUUAACAGAGCUCAAGUCAGACAACAUGAGGCUAAAGGACGAGAAUGGGGCUCUCAUUCGAGUCAUCAGCAAACUGUCCAAAUGAAAAGAUGUCUGAAGCUUCUGUUCUGGACGCUCCAACCCUGAUAUGGCAGAUUAAUUACCCAUGAUGUCGCAAGUUGUGGCUUCUCUCUGAAUUAUGGUGAAUUGGCUGCUUUGCAGAAAUAAAUUCCUGUUGGGAUGUGAAGAUCAAAAGAGAAGUGUUGAGAAGUUUCAGUCAGAUUUCAAUGUAUGUGAUGAUGGAGUUACAACAAUUGUUUCUACUUGAUUAGUUAUUAUUAUUUUGUAAUAUAUAGUAUUUUACACUAACCAAAUAGGGACCAGUUGUACUGUUUGAAUAACCUUUUAAGGCCCGGUUCAAACAAAUCCAGGGGUUUGCAUGAAGGUACUGUUUCUAAUAUUAUACCCACACAUUACAUUGAGACCUCACGUUUGUUGCUACAUUGUGCACUGCAGAAAUAUUUUAAUGUUUUACUUAAGAAAGAAGAGAGAAGCCAAUUAUUCAUCAUCACUAAAUUAUAUCAUUGUCAUUGAAUCUUUAUGUCAUCGAUUGCAUAAUUUUUUCCAUGCCAAAGGCUUGUUUGGCAUUAUAAAAAUCUUUAUAAUUUGAAACAGAAUAUAUGACUGUACAGGUAAAAUAAAACCCCACCAAGCAACAAACAGGUGAUCUGGGUCCUGAAGCUAAAACUAGAAGUUAAUAUAAAUCUGUCAAGGCAUCAGCAAUAACAGUUGAAGCCUUUACAGAAGCUGCUGUAAGGUGCAGCUCUUCUAAUGGCAACUAGAUGUUUGCUCCAGACUAAGAAUGUAUUGAAAUUGAGAAAAUGUCCAGCUUCUCUCAUUCAUUUUUAUAUGAUAAUAAAUCAUUUUGAAAUUUGUACUACCUGAUAAUGAUAUUAAAUCUUAAUAAGAUGCAUGUUUUGGGUGUUUGCCUUGACAGCUUUCUGAGGUUGGUCACAGCUUACACCACUUAAAUUUGAAUUUUAAAACUCAAAGUUCUGUAAACUUUCAAUCCAAAACUUUUAACAUCCAUGCUUUUUGACAAUUUUCUAUGGUCCAAGUAUCAGGGCCUUGAGAUAUAUUCACAUAUAUUGCAUUGCAUCAGCAAACAGCUAACCAUUUCAACUGGUUUCAAAAAUGAAAAUGAGAAUUUUGUUUACCUAACAUGUGAUAAUAUCCUCACUGUAUUUGUUGUUUGAAGAGGGCCGUAUGUUAGCCCUCAAAGGCAGAGUACUGGGUAUAUGCACUUUGUAUAGAGUGGACAGUCCUGAUCUUUGAUCACUUGGGCAUCACUAGCAGCACAUAACGUUAUUUAGUGUUUGCCGGAUUCUGUGCAUCAGCUCUUUGUGUGGUUCAGUAGCCAUUCUUCCGUUUUCGGUUUUGUCUUUCAUAGAGGAUUUUACAUCCAAUGACUUAAAAACCGAAGAAUGGCUACACAGAGAAGACAGUGUGAGUGUGUGUGUGAAAGAAAGUGUUCUAUGUAAUGUUUUAUAAUAGAUAUAUAUAUAUAUUUAUUUAUUUAUGCAUUUCCUAGUUUUAACCUUUAUACUUUGUUUACUCCAUUUUCUGUCAAAGGAGUACACCAAUUAUUUUGGUUGACCUCUUGGCCAUCUUCCUGUUAGGUGAUGAAAAAUACAAAUGCCAAACUCAUCCACUGGUAGACGCGCUGGAAAAUCACAGCUGACAUUUUAGUGUCAACAAUAUUGUGAUCUUAAAUAUCAAUCACAAUCCAAAGUUUGAGGAGUAAACUGUUGCUAGCACUUUUCAUUAUAUGUGGUAGAUUGCAUACAUUUUGAAUUAACUGUGUUGUGCUUAUACUAUUGUCACAAUAACUUAAGUCAAAUCAAUAAUUACUUAAGUACUCUGAGUUGCCAGUGUAUUAGGUAUACAUCUAAUACAAUCCAAUACUACACCCCUGCAAUAAAUCCUAACUUUAUGAAGCCUAUCAACUUUUGUUAUUUUGUAGGCCAUAUUUACUGGUGCUACUUUAUUGUGUUGUGCAAUACAUUGAAAAUAUUCAAUAUUUCGGGUCCACUCAAUAUUUGAAAAAUUAACUAGUUAGUCUACUUAACAUGAGAAACAAAAUUAAAACCAUUGAAGAGGUGGCUGCCUUGUAGUGGUUAGUCAUCACCUUCACUAUAUUCUAUAAAGAGGGAAGGUAGAUAAAGUCAUGCCUAGUUCAAAACUAUGUUAUAUAUGAAUCUUACUAUAUUUAAUGUAUGAAAACAGUCAGACUCAGCUUCACAUUUUUAAUUCCUUCAGCUGUAGAGUUGCUACAAGUGUUGAAUGAUGUGCCGGAGACAUGAAUGAUUUUGGGAUCUGUCUUCUCUUCACUUAAUGGGUUAGGUGACGUUCCCAGUGUUUGAUGUAUUCCUUUAACAAUUUGAUGGGUUUUGGAGUUCAACCAGGGCGACAAGACGCAACACCAGUGUCACAGCUAGCAAACUGAUUUCCUCAAAACUACGAAGAAGAUACAGUACAUGUCAACUAUUUGUGCUGUAGAUAUAUUGAAAAUGCGGUGUAUUGUAUUGAAAUGUUUGAAAUGUGUUGAUGAUAGCUUAAUAUUCACUCAUCGGUUUACUCACGUUGCUUAAUAAACUGUAGAGGAAUGAAA